CAAUUCUCUCGCAGCCCUGCCUUGAUUUCUUUUUUUCCCUCUUCUCCAGUCUUAUCUGGCUCUUGGCGUGGCUUGUCCAGUGGACCUUCUCUGCCGUCAUCAUCGGCGUUACCCCAACCAUGCGUGCUUCCUCUGCCUUGUCCGUCUCGGGCUAGCCGCAAUGUAUAAAGAAGCCUAAGCUGCUGCCUUUUUUUUCUUUCUCUAUUCCCUCAAACGUAGUGGACAAACAAACAUCCCAAUUGAUUUGAUCUGCCUUCGUUGUACAAUGGCUUCCUUCAAGCAAGUAGCUGCAGCUGCCCUCGUGGCUCUGCCUGCAGCAUCUGCUCUCUACCACAAUGGCUCUGUCAUUGCGCCCUGCGAUUCGCCAAUUUACUGCCAUGGCGAUAUUCUCAAGGAGAUUGAGCUUGCCCGGCCCUUUUCCGACUCCAAGACCUUUGUUGACAUGCCAGCUAAGAAGCCCCUCAAGGAAAUCCAAGAAGCCUUCGACAAGCUCUCUAAACCCAUCACUAACAACACCGAGCUUCACGAUUUCCUUACCGCCUACUUUGACGACGCUGGCGGCGAGCUCGAGGCCGUCCCCAAGGACAAGCUCAAGACAGACCCCGUCUUCACCAAGAAGCUCAACGACACCGUGGUCCGCGAGUUUGUCGAAAAGGUCAUUGACAUCUGGCCCGACCUCACCCGCUCCUACAAGGGCUCCAAGACCAACUGCACCGACUGCCCCAACAGCUUUUUGCCCGUCAACCGCACCUUUGUCGUCGCCGGCGGCCGCUUCCGCGAACCCUACUACUGGGACUCGUACUGGAUUGUCGAGGGCCUCGUGCGCACGGGUGGCUCGUUUAUCGAAAUCACCAAAAACACAAUCGAGAACUUCCUCGACUUUGUCGACCAGUACGGCUUCGUCCCCAACGGCGCCCGCGUCUACUACCUUAACCGCUCACAGCCGCCUCUGCUCUCGCAAAUGGUCAAAGUCUAUGUCGAGCACACCAAUGACACGGAUAUCCUGCAACGCGCUAUCCCUUUGCUUGUCAAGGAGCACGAUUUCUUUGUGAGCAAUCGCUCCGUGGACGUGACUGUCGCGGGCAAGACGUAUACUCUGCAGCAGUACGCCGUCUCCAACACACAGCCACGCCCAGAAUCCUUCCGUGAAGACUACAUCACCGCCAACAACAACUCCUACUACGCCGAGUCCGGCAUCAUCUACCCCGUCAAGACGCCCCUCAACGACACCGAAAAGGAGCUCCUCUACGCCAACCUCGCCACGGGCGCCGAGUCCGGCCUCGACUACAGCGUCGCCAAGUGGGCCACCAACCCCGGUGACGCCCAGCGCGACGUCUACUUCCCACUGCGCUCGCUCAACAACAAGAACAUUGUCUCGGUCGACAUCAACUCCAUCCUGUACGGCAACGAGCUCGCCAUCGCGCACUUUUACAACCAGACAGGCGAUAGCGUGUCCGCCGCCGCAUGGGCCGAAAAGGCAGCGAACCGCAGUGAGGCCAUCCAGGCCGUCUUCUGGAACGAGACGCUCUACAGCUACUUUGACUACAACAUCUCGUCGUCUGCCCAGCAUAUCUACAUCCCUGGCGACGCGGACACUCAGCCCUUUGAAAAUGCUACUGCGCCCGCUGGCCAGCAGGAGCUGUUUGCCGUGACGCAGUUUUACCCGUUCUUCUUGGGUGCUGCGCCCGACUACAUCAAGCAUAACCCGCACGCGGUCAAGACGGCCUUUGCGCGUGUCGAAAAGUACCUUGAUCUCAAGGCGGGCGGUAUCCCUUCGACGAACCUCCGCACAGGACAGCAGUGGGAUCAGCCGAAUGUGUGGCCGCCUCUGAUGCAUGUUCUUAUGCAAGGUCUUGUUAACACGCCUGCCACCUUUGGCGACCAGGAUCCAGCUUACAAGGACAUUCAGAAGCUUGCGCUGCGUCUGGGCCAACGAUACCUCGACUCGACCUUUUGCACGUGGUAUGCCACUGGUGGCUCGACGUCUGCUACACCCCAGCUGUCGGGUCUGUCUGCGCAGGAUGUCGGCAUCAUGUUUGAAAAGUACGAUGACAACUCGACUAACCACGCUGGUGGUGGUGGCGAGUACGAGGUCGUCGAGGGCUUUGGUUGGACCAAUGGCGUCUUGCUCUGGACUGCCGACACUUUUGGUGACAAGCUUAAGCGCCCUGACUGCGGUAAUAUCACGGCCGCUAAUGUUCACGGAAGCAAUGGCAAACGCUCGCUGAGCGCGGUCCACUUGGAUCCUCGCGACGCUAAGCGUGUCAAGAAGUUUGGCAAGCGUGCCCAGGGCGUGAUGCGCUCUCUUGGCUUGUAAGGCAGCAAGUGAGCCUCUGAUAACUGAAUUAAUGA